UUUAUUAAUAUACCCCACAAGUUAGUCUUUCUUAGUUCGAGGUUUUAAAAAGUAGUUAUAGUUAAGCUUUCGUUUGAUCGGCGUGAUUUUACGGUAGCGGAUGUUUUAAAUUAAAAAACUUAACUUAUAAAUUGUGUUUAAAAAUGGGUUUAAGACUUAAUGGAUGUUAUUGCGUUAGCAUCCGUACCGCUGGUUUGGUACAAGGAUGGCUGAGCAUUUUGUUUACAAUUGUAAUAAUCGGAUUCACAUUAAUACGCAUUAUUUUUUAUGACGAUGACGGCGAAAGCAUAUUAUCUCCUUCUUCUUCAUUUGACAUUUUUGUGUGGUUUGGACAUCCAACGACUUUGAAUUUUGAAAUAAUUUGUUUGAUGCUUUUCAUAUGUGAUGGUUUUUUCACGGGAAUGUUGCUUUCUGGUAUUUUGUGUAAAAAACCUAACAGAUUAUUACCUUCGUUGAUAUUCAGAGGUAUUGCACUUUUAAUACUGAUUCAAUAUGCUUUUAAAGCUUUGCAUUUUGCUGCUUACUCAAUUGGAGGAGAAAUUGUACUAAAAGCUUUGCUCCUUGCAUUUUUUACAGGAUUUUGUAUAUGGGUAUGGAUUGCUCUUUAUUCACUUUACAAAGAUAUACGCAGAAAAGUGGAUGCCAAAUUAUUGAAAAAAAUGCAAUUGCCAAGGCAAAUGCCUGUUCAAUACAUUGAAAGUCGUGAACCAACACCAUCAUAUUCGUCACCAAGUUAUCGAGUGUAUGAUUACUAAAAUCAUUUAGUAUUUUAAGAAAAUUUGUGUUUCAACUAAUUUUAAGUUUAUUUAAUUACAAAAAAGAAAAAAAGAAAUUACUUUUUACAAAAAAAAAAUU